AUGCAGUUGUACAGUGCUGUAAAUGCAGGAGAGGAUAUCAGAGAAGAUUUUGAAUUGCUAGAUGUUGAAGGAAAAAGUAUAUCUGCAAAAGCUGUUUUUUCUGCUGCUAUUGGCUUUUUGAAAGAUCAUUUUAUUCAGCAGAUGCAUUGGAGAAAGCUUGGAACGGUCGAAGACAUAUUUUGGGUAGUGUCGGUACCAGCAAUCUGGAAUGAUUCUGCCAAACAGUUUAUGAGAGAAUCAGCUGAAACGGUUGGAAUCAAAGGUGACAAGUUUAUUAUGGUAUAUGAACCUGAAGCUGUAUCUGUUUACGCAAGACUUCUACCUGUUGAUAAGUUAGUUGGAGAAAAUGGUGCAUUCAUAUUGAAAGCUUUUGAUCCGGGUCGAAAGUUUAUUGUUGUUGAUGCUGGAGGUGGUACCGUAGACAUUUCUGCUCAACAAGUUUUAGAGAACGGCGAGCUUAAAAUAAUACAUAGAGAAUGUGGUGGUCCAUGGGGAGGCGAAUGCAUAAACAAACAGUUCUUAAAUAUGCUUAAAGAACUUUUCGGAAAGGAAGUUAUGAAACAGUUUAAAAAUAAACACGGAGAUGAUUUCUUGCAACUACUGAGAGAUUUUGAAGUAAAGAAAAAAAUGUUUAGAGUAGAAGAGGAGGAAUCACUAACUAUUCGCAUGCCUUUAAGUCUGAUUGAAUUGUUUCUUGAUAUGAAACAAUCAGACGUUCCAACAGCUAUUGCAAGUUCAAGAUUUGGUGAAACUGUACGACUUAAACGAGACAAAUUAUCUUUUGCAGGAUCUUUAGUUGAAAUAUUUUUUUCUGAGACCAUACGAAAUAUCAUCGAUGAAGUGGUAUCCAUUUUGAAACAUGAAAGAUGUUCUGAUGUAAGUGCAAUUAUGAUGGCAGGUGGUUUUUCAGAAGCCAACACAUUACAACAUGCAAUUAAAAAGAAAUUCCGAUCGUUAGAGAUUUUUAUACCAUUAGACGGGUCUCUUUCAGUGUUAAAAGGGGCUGUUAUAUAUGGCCACAAUCCACAUGUUGUAUCAUCAAGAGUUUGUAAUUAUACAUAUGGCGUGGGUGUUUCCAUGAAAUUUGAUCCAAGUAUUCAUGAUCCUGGGAAAAAAUUUAACCGCAGAGGAAUAGAAAUGUGUAAUAGUCUAUUUGACGUACUUUUCGAAAUUGAUGAAGAAGUUCAUAUUGGACAAACUAAAAGUAUUGAUGUGGCACCAGAUUUUUUGUCAGAUGAAAAAUAUGGUCCACUUGAAUGGCAUUUCAUGAUUAGUACUAAAAAGAACCCUUUCUACACUACAGAUGAAAGUUGCACGAAACAUGGAUCCAUCAUUGUUUCUCCGCCAAAUGGAAUGUGGCCAGAAUUUGUCGAGGGACAAAUAUUGCUCAAAAUUGCUGGAACAGAGCUAGUUGGGACAUUUGUCAAUAGAAAAACAAUGAAAGAAACGUCCGUUAGAUUUGAUUUUUUACCGUCAAUCAAUAAAAAUCCAGAGAGAAAACGGUUGUUUGAUCCGUUCUUUCUAGACAUUUAG